AUGUCGCUCUCGCAACGCGUAACGUCGAUAGAGGAGCAUGAGCCAUGGAGUCGAGAAGCCAGCCCCGACUCACGGCACCGCAAAAUGAGCUUCAACCCCGUUGGCACAUGGACAGAGCAAGCAGGCGAAGAGCCCACCAUCGGCGCGUUCGAAGUGCCGCAAUGGAAAAGACUGUUACAAGUGUUUUUCGCCGUCGUGUACUGUCUCUUCGCUGCAGGCGUCGUGUUCGGGUAUGCAGCCAUCAAGCCGGUAUUGCUCGAAGAAGGAGUGUACAGAGAUUACUGUAGCAAGGAAGAGCUGGAUAACGAUGUUCGAGUGUGUUAUGAGCAGGAGCUCAGGCUCAAUCUCAUGUUCACGAUUGCGGCUGUGUCGACGAAUGUUGUCGCGCUGCCUGUUGGCACGAUUCUGGAUCGCUAUGGACCACGAGUUUGCGGUAUAACGGGUGCGAUAUCCAUCACCAUUGGCGCAUUGCUCUUUGCUUUCGCUGCAGAGCUUCCCUUUGACGCAUACAUCCCCGGCUACCUCUUUCUCGCGCUCGGCGGACCCUUCACUUUCAUCUCGUCUUUCCAGCUCAGCAACACCUUCCCCCAGUACUCCGGGCUGAUCCUCGCGCUGCUAACCGGCGCCUUUGACACCUCGAGCGCCGUCUUCCUCGUCUACCGCCUCAUCUACCAAAGCACGCACGGCUCCUUCUCCAUAAAAUCCUUCUUCCUCCUCUACCUCAUCGUCCCCGCCUUCAUCUUCCUCGUCCAAGUCCUUUUCAUGCCCUCGGUCUCGUACAAAACCGUCGGCGAACUCGUCACCACCGCCGACGAAACAACAGUCAUCCACGACUCCGACGACGAAAUCGAAGACGCCGCAACCGUCCAAUCUUUGCGCGACGCCCGCCGCGCCCACCGCGACAGCAUCGUCAGCGAAAUCACAUCGCUGCUCGGCACAAAGAACGGCCUCGACCAAGCCAAGGCUGAGGAAAAGAAGAAGGAUAUCUCAGGCGUCUGGGGCGCACUGCAUGGUUUGAGUGCUUCCCAGCAGAUUCGCACCCCUUGGUUCAUCCUCAUCACCCUCUUCACCGUCCUCCAAAUGACGCGUAUAAACUACUUUGUCGCUACCAUCCGCUCGCAGUACACUUACCUCUUCCACUCCUACCCCCAAGCCGUCGCCAUCAACAAUUUCUUCGACGUUGCUCUUCCUGUCGGCGGUGUCCUAUCCGUCCCGUUUAUCGGGCUCUUGCUGGAUAACACAAGCACGGUAUUUACGCUAGCAUUGCUGGUCACGAUUGCAACGACAAUUGGCGUCUUGGGCGUCAUUGCGCAGACAUGGGCUGCGUAUGCUAAUGUUGUUUUAUUCGUAUUGUAUCGUCCGUUGUACUAUACUGCUGUUUCCGACUACUCCGCCAAAGUCUUCGGCUUCGCCACCUUUGGCAAAGUCUACGGCCUCAUCAUUUGUCUCGCUGGUCUCCUCAACUUCUCUCAAUCCGCACUCGAUGCCGCCACUCAUAAAAUCUUCAAUAAUGAUCCUGUUCCUGUUAAUGUUCUCUUGCUUAGUCUGGCGCUCCUGGUCGGAAUUGCGCUUGUGGGUUAUGUGGGGAAGAAGAGUAGGGGUUUGAAGAGGCUGAGUGUAGAGGAGGAGGCGCAGGAGGCCAGGGAGAGUCUUAUUCCGAGUGCGGCGGGGGGAAGUGCGGGUGAGGGGAGUGGGUAUGGCGGUGUGGCCGUGAAUGGGUGGGAGGAGGAGGAGGAGGAUAGGGGACGGAGGAUGUAG